AUGGUCAAUUGGCAAGCAUCUGACGCCGGCUUCCGCUUUUUAGCGGCCGUCUUUGCGGAUCCGUCGAUCAGGCCGGAUGCAAACCAAGUAGCCAAACUUUUCGGCCGGGGAGCUACCAGCCGCGCUGUUGAUCAUCAAUUUUCAAAGAUCCGUCGAGCUUCCAAGGAACUAGUGGCGGAAGCGCAAAAGAAUGGAGUUGAGAUCUCAGCAACACCGCGAGCGGCUCGUACCCCUCGUACGCCCCGAUCUGGUGGAGUUUUCAGAUCUGGAGCGAGCACAAAGGCACAUUCAAAGGACAAGGGACUGGAUACGCCAACGAAGUCCCGAAAGGGAACUCUUUCUGCUGGCGGACUGUCAAUGAUGGACGCGAUUACUGUUGACACGGACAAAGACGACGAAAGCGUCAUAAGCGUCGCAAAGUUCGAUACGAUGUCCAUACAAAGUGACACCAAGGAAGAAAGUGAGCACGAUACAGUGGAACCGAAGCGUGAAGCGGACCUUACAACUCCCAGCAUCCAGCUUUUUGGUCAACGUCCUACAACACCCCGCGUGGAUAGCCGCAGCAACGGUUAUGUUUUGGGAACUGGAAAGAAGUCUACUGUGACUGCAAAUGUAGCGUCGGAAUUCAGCAUGGACGACAUCUUUGGAAAUUAUGAGUGA